AUGACCAGUUUGGGUAAGAUUGAAGAAUUUAACCCAACCUCGACGAACAUUGCACGCUACCUAGAGCGUAUUGAACAGUAUUUUGAGGCAACUGAUGUGCCGGCCGAUACUGCAGAAGUGAACAAGCGAAGGGCGAUUCUUAUCUCUGCUAUCGGUGCGAGAACGUAUGAUGUUCUAUCGGAUCUCUGUUCACCGGAUUCACCGUCUACCAAGACCUAUACUCAACUCCCUGCUAUUUUGAAAGAUCAUUACGCCCCCAAGAAGCUAGUAAUCGCUAAACGAUAUCGUUUUCAUAACUGUGUUCAGAAAGAAGGCGAAUCCGUGUCGGAGUUCGUGGCGAAUCUGAAGCGACUCGCAUCUACGUGUAAAUUCGGAGCGUAUCUCAACGAAGCGUUGCGAGAUCGGUUCGUGUGUGGUCUGAGAAGCUCGAAUAUCAAGAAGAAGUUGUUGGCCGAUGAGUACACGUUUGACAAGUAA